UUAAAGUUAUUCUUGUCGUUCAAUUUUCCAAAAAGUAUUCAGAUUUACGUUGAAUGUAGAAAAACAAUGUUUUUAGAAUUUCUGUUAAAUAAAAUUUAAUGACCUUGACAUUGUAAACAAUAUGGCGACGCCCAGACAGCAUGUUGUGCAUGCUGAUCGGAAAGACGGGGCUAUUGAUCAGAAUGCUAAACCUUACGCGACUGUCACUGAAUCUGCAGAUGAACGGUGGAACAGAAAAAAAGAAAACGUGAAAAAGGGAUUUCUUUUGACAUCAAUAGUAGGAUUUGCAACAUAUUUCCAGUUCAAGAGUUCAUUUGCAUUAGCAGCCAAGAAAGGUGACGGCAGUGCUAUAUCUCAGGUAAACAUUGGUCAAGCUGAGUUGAAGUGGGCAUCCAAGGCGUUGGGGUACGGAACCCUGCUGGCCGUCUCAGGUACUGGACUGGUCUGCUUCCUCAUCAAAAAAGCCAUGGGGGUCAACAAUUUGGAUGAAUUCAAACAGAGAAUGCACGAGAUCUUCCCUCAAGCCAAGAAAUCGCCGUCUUCAGGAGAUGAAUCAGAGAAUAUCGAAACUGUGGAGGACUUUAUCAAAUAUAUUACAGAGGAUCGAAAAAAGAAAUCGGCGCCUACAAACUCAGAAUCUGAACACACGUGAUGGUGGCUAAGUGCUAUAGUUUUUAAUUGAGACAUAAACUAUUUAAUUCGGUCGCUAACUUGGAUGUUGAAGCGUUGCGAUGACAUUGGAGAUUACCUGGAAGAUUCAUGUCUCGUUUGACGUCUGCUGUAUUUUUGUAUUGUGAAUUCUUAGAUGUGACGAUACCAUCUCUAUGUUUUGCUUGUGAAGACAUAAGAUGUCAUCUUGAUCUGUAUAUUUUAAAAGUGUAUAGGUCAGGAUAUAUUUAAGAAACUAAUACGUAUUGCCCACAAGUAUUAUGUAUGUAUGAUAUUAAGAGAAUUUAAUUCAGGUAGACUCAAUGCUAUUACAUGAGUGUACAAUAGUACUAGAUGUGCAGUAAAAAUUCAGUAAUCUGAAUAUCAAUAAAACUGGACAUCUAAGUCUC